CUAAUUGUAAGUGAAUCUUGUGUUUUUUAUGUUGAUUUAAUUAAAAAAAAAUAUAUAAUAAUAAUUCUGCGGCCCGGUACCAGUCGAGCCGCGGCCCGGUGGUUGGGAACCACUGCUGUAGAGGAUGAGACGCUUCAUGAUCACAAUAGUCCAAAGGAGGUUAUGACUGACAACCAACUUGAGGAGUUAGAGACAAGUAAUAUGGAUUCUUUGAAUGAAGGUCCAGCUGAAGUAGAGCCUUUAGAUGGUAAUAAGAAGGAGAUUCAAGAUGAUUUGGAAACAUCACAAUCUACUAAGCACAUUCGACAAGGACGCCAGAAAAGACACCAAGCUUAGUGACAAAGGACAAGGUAAGAGAGGUUGCACAGGUGGAGCCUGAAGAAGUGCCCCCGCAUAACUGGAAAGGUAGAGCCAAAAAAACAGACAGACUUCUUGUGAGCAUCAUCAUGAUGUCUCUUUAGAAAAGCAGGAACAAGAUGCUGGUAAUGAAGAAGAGGCCACAUUCCAGGUCCUUGAUUCUGUAGAGGAAGAGACGGUCCAUGAUCACAAUAGUCCAAAGGAGGAGGACAUAAAUGACAGCCGACAUGAGGAAGGCACAUAUCAAGUUGUAGAUAGUUUUAAUGAAAAAGUGUGUAGUAGCAUUAAGGAAGAACCUAGUGAGGACAUCAUCUCUGUCAGCACAUGUGAAAAAGUCAAACUGGAAACUGACGUGAAAGCGAAAGACAAGCCCAAACUAAUGCACCCUAACAAAGACAGCAGCGUUUGGAAGCUCGACCAAGUGAGCGAGGAAGAGGAUAAUUUUUCUGACGACAUGGCCGAGGAGGAGGAGCUGAAGAGGCGAGCAAGGGAGCGAAAGCUUAACCCAGAUGUAGUAGAGGAGAUGACCCUGGGAACAGAGGAAAGGAAGCCAAGUGAAGGAAGUAAGGACAAAGAAGAGCUGCUCACUCUGGAUGACAUUUCUGACGGGGAGCUACAAACUCUGGUCACUCUGGAUGAAAUUGUAAUGGAGGAAGAAAAAAAGGUUCAACAGAAGACACACUCUCCCCGCCAACAUAGCGAGGAAGAUCAAACAGAGGACUGUCUGAACGAUCAGACUUUGCUAACUUUAGACGGAGCAGGCGGCGAAGAUGAUGAUGACGACGACGACAAAAACACAGUGGUCAACACGGCCUUUGUGACGCUGGAUCAGGUGGGACAGGUUGAAGAGGCACAGUCGGAAGACAUGACCCCGCCGAGCUGGAAGAGACGCAGACAAAGUCCUGAGGGGAGCACCAACAGAUGGAUAGAAGCGGUCUUAAAAGACCAUCCAGCUACCUCGUCGCCAAGCGUCCACCAGGACAAAGAGAGGGAGGAGGACUUAGCUUUAUCUUUUAGACAGACUACAAUUGGGAGCAAAGGGGAGGCGGACAUUAUUGCUACAGAAACAAAGCGAGCACGUUCUCUGUCUCCAUAUGUUUCAACAAACUUUAAACUGCCAGCGUUCAAACCCAACAACCCUCUCGGUACAGAGUUUGUGGUGCCCAAACAUGGUUAUUUCUGUGAACUUUGCUCCAUUUACUACCUAAAAGAGAGCACAGCCAAAGAAACGCACUGCAGCAGUAAGAGACACUACAACAACCUGAAGAAAUAUUAUCAGCGUGAGCAGAAAUCGAGCGCAUCAACCCAAGGCUCCAUCUCUGACUUAGUUUCAAAAAAGCCCGCCAUUUUAGCGGCACGGUGGUUUAUUGUGAUUGAAAACUUGUUUGUCUUACCUAAUUUACAUAGUAAAGUAUCAAUUUACAGUCACUUUAGCCAGAGAUUUGUCAAAUAAAAAAUUUAAAAUUUA